AUCCACAACAGAGGUGUCUUCUCAGUCCACAUUCACUACCUCCUCCAGGGAGCAUAGUACUGAAAUGGCAGUUACAACAAGUGAGAUUACAACACCUACUCCCUCCAAGACCCCUUCUAGAACCAGUCCUGAGCCUACUGAGACAACUGCACCCAGCCUAUCCACAAGCAUAAACACACCCACUGAGAACGUGGAGCAGACUACACCACAAGGGACCUCAUCUGAGUACACAGUGAUGUCUAGUUCUUCCACCACUGAAGAACCAUCCACAACAGAGGUGUCUUCUCAGUCCACAUUCACUACCUCCUCCAGGGAGCAUAGUACUGAAACUAUAGUUACAACAAGUGAGAUUACAACACCUACUCACUCCCAGACCGCUUCUACUCCCAGUCCUGAGCCUACUGAGACAACUGCACCCAGCCUAUCCACAAGAACAAACACACCCACCGAACACCUGAAGCAGACUACACCACGAGGGACCCUUCUUCCACCACAGUUGUCCCUCUUGGGUGCCUUAACGGGGGAGUGCUUGUUGAGGGUUUUUGUCACUGCCCAUCUCCCUAUACUGGGCAGAGUUGUGAAGAGGCAAAGAAUGAAAUCCAAGUGGGUAAUGACUGUUGUGGCCACAAUCAAUGUCUCUGUAACAGUGAAGAAUUGGAAGUUCAGCCCAGAGAUGGCGAAUUCCAGCUCUUCUGACUUCCAGACAUUCGUGAAGAUCUUUGAGGAACAGAUGAACAUCUUCUAUGCGGACAUUCCUGGGUACAAUGGUGUAAAGGUGAUUCGGCUGAGCAAUGGUAGUGUUAUCGUGGACCACGAGGUGCUCCUGCAGCUUCACUUCUCAGACUUCAAUGCUUCUUACAAUGCUUCCAUGAAGAACCUCACACAGACCUUGCAAAAGAAUUGCACUUCCAAUGACAAAGAUAAGCUCUGCUUUACUGAAGGAGCAUCUGAUGUGACUGCAGUGCCCCUGAGUCCUAAAGAUCUGUCGGACGAAUGCAAGAAUGCCUCAGUGGUGGCGCACAACCUCCAGCCAUAUUAUGUGGCACGGGUCAUCAACAACACACUUCAUUGUGUCUCUAAUUGCAGUGCUUGGAACCCCCACCCAUUCCACUGUGCGAGUGGAAAGUGCCACAUCACCUCUGAGGGGCCCAAAUGCCAGGAGACGCCAAGCACAACUAGUGAAACAUCCAUUUCUACAAAUUUGAAAACAACACCAUCUACUUAUGCAACUACAACACCUUCUGCUUAUACUACUACGGAAAUAUCCACCACUUCUGAAACAACAACCACAACGAGUGAGACUACAGAAACUAUUCCAUCUAAGACCCCUUCUACAUCCAGUCCUGAACCUUCUGAGACAACUGCACCUACCCUGUCUUCAAGCACAAACACACCCACUGGGCACUCGAAGCAGACUACACCACAAGGAACCUCAUCUGUGUACACAGUGAUGUCUAGUUCUUCCACCACUGAGCAACCAUCCACAAAACAGCUUUCUUCUCAGUCAACAUUGUCUGUCUCCUCCAGUGAGUUGACCUCUGAAACUACUAGCACUACAAGUGAGAGUACAACACCUACUCCUUCCAAGACUCCUUUAACUUCUCGUUCUGAGGCUUCUGAGACAACUGCACCUACCCUGUCUUCAGGCACAAACACACCCACUGAGCAUGUGGAGCAGACUACACCCCAAGGAACCUCAUCUGAGUACACAGUGAUGUCUAGUUCUUCCACCACUGAGCAAACAUCCACAAAGCAGCUGUCGUCUCAGUCAACAUUGUCAGUCCCCUCUGGCGAGGUCACUUCUGAAACUACAACCACAACUAGUGAGACUGCAACACCUACUCCUUCCAUGACACCUUUUACAUCCAGUCCUGGGCCUUCUGAAACAACUUCACCCUUCUUAUCUUCAAACACCCACCCACCCACUGAGCAUGUGGAGCAGACUACACCCCAAGGAACCUCAUCUGAGUACACAGUGAUGUCUAGUUCUUCCACCACUGAGCAACCAUCCACGAAACAGCUUUUUCUCAGUCAACAUUUACUACCUCCUCCAGUGAGCAUAGUACCUGAAACUACAGUUACUAGUGAGACUGCAACACCUACUCCAUCCACAACCCCUUCUACAUCCAGUCCUGAACCUUCUGAGACAACUGCACCUACCCUGUCUUCAAGCACAAACACACCCACUGAGCACUUGAAGCAGACUACACCCCAAGGAACCUCAUCUGAGUACACAGUGUUGUCUAGUUUAUCCACCACUGAGCAACCAUCCACAAAACAGCUGUCUUCUCAGUCAACAUUGUCUGUCUCCUCCAGUGCGUUGACCUCUGAAACUACUAGCACUACAAGUGAGGGUACAAUGCCUACUCCUUCCAAGACUCCUUUAACUUCUCGUUCUGAGGCUUCUGAGACAACUACACCUGCCCUGUCUUCAGGCACAAACACACCCACUGAGCAUGUGGAGCAGACUACACCCCAAGGAACCUCAUCUGAGUACACAGUGAUGUCUAGUUCUUCCACCACUGAGCAACCAUCCACAAAACAGCUUUCUUCUCAGUCAACAUUGUCAGUCCCCUCUGGCGAGGUCACUUCUGAAACUACAACCACAACUAGUGAGACUGCAACACCUACUCCUUCCAUGACUCCUUUUACAUCCAGUCCUGAACCUUCUGAAACAACUUCACCCUUCUUAUCUUCAAACACCCACCCACCCACUGAGCAUGUGGAGCAGACUACACCCCAAGGAACCUCAUCUGAGUACACAGUGAUGUCUAGUUCUUCCACCACUGAGCAAACAUCCACAAAGCAGCUGUCGUCUCAGUCAACAUUGUCUGUCUCCUCCAGUGAGUUGACCUCUGAAAUUACAAACACUACAAGUGAGAGUACAACACCAACUCCAUCCAUGACAACUUUUACUUCUCGUUCUGAGGCUUCUGAGACAACUGCACCUACCCUGUCUUCAGGCACAAACACACCCACUGAGCAUGUGGAGCAGACUACACCCCAAGGAACCUCAUCUGAGUACACAGUGAUGUCUAGUUCUUCCACCACUGAGCAACCAUCCACAAAACAGCUGUCGUCUCAGUCAACAUUGUCUGUCUCCUCCAGUGAGUUGACCUCUGAAAUUACAAGCACUACAAGUGAGAGUACAACACCAACUCCAUCCAUGACAACUUUUACUUCUCAUUCUGAGGCUUCUGAGACAACGGCACCUACCAUGUCUUCAGGCACAAACACACCCACUGAGCAUGUGGAGCAGACUACACCCCAAGGAACCUCAUCUGAGUACACAGUGAUGUCUAGUUCUUCUACCACUGAGCAACCAUCCACAAAACAGCUUUCUUCUCAGUCAACAUUGUCAGUCCCCUCUGGUGUGGUCACUUCUGAAACUACAACCACAACUAGUGAGACUGCAACACCUACUCCUUCCAUGACACCUUUUACAUCCAGUCCUGAGCCUUCUGAAACAACUUCACCCUUCUUAUCUUCAAACACCCACCCACCCACUGAGCAUGUGGAGCAGACUACACCCCAAGGAACCUCAUCUGAGUACACAGUGAUGUCUAGUUCUUCCACCACUGAGCAACCAUCCACAAAACAGCUGUCGUCUCAGUCAACAUUGUCUGUCUCCUCCAGUGAGUUGACCUCUGAAAUUACAAGCACUACAAGUGAGAGUACAACACCAACUCCAUCCAUGACAACUUUUACUUCUCAUUCUGAGGCUUCUGAGACAACGGCACCUACCAUGUCUUCAGGCACAAACACACCCACUGAGCAUGUGGAGCAGACUACACCCCAAGGAACCUCAUCUGAGUACACAGUGAUGUCUAGUUCUUCCACCACUGAGCAACCAUCCACAAAACAGCUUUCUUCUCAGUCAACAUUGUCAGUCCCCUCUGGUGUGGUCACUUCUGAAACUACAACCACAACUAGUGAGACUGCAACACCUACUCCUUCCAUGACACCUUUUACAUCCAGUCCUGAGCCUUCUGAAACAACUUCACCCUUCUUAUCUUCAAACACCCACCCACCCACUGAGCAUGUGGAGCAGACUACACCCCAAGGAACCUCAUCUGAGUACACAGUGAUGUCUAGUUCUUCCACCACUGAGCAAACAUCCGCAAAGCAGCUGUCGUCUCAGUCAACAUUGUCUGUCUCCUCCAGUGAGUUGACCUCUGAAAUUACAAGCACUACUAGUGAGAGUACAACACCUACUCCAUCCAUGACAACUUUUACUUCUCGUUCUGAGGCUUCUGAGGCUUCUGAGACAACUGUACCUACCCUGUCUUCAAGCACAAACAAACCCACUGAGCAUGUGGAUCAGACUACACCCCAAGGAACCUCAUCUGAGUACACAGUGAUGUCUAGUUCUUCCACCACUGAGCAACCAUCCACAAAACAGCUUUCUUCUCAGUCAACUUUGUCAGUCCCCUCUGGCAAGGUCACUUCUAAAACUACAACCACAACUAGUGAGACUGCAACACCUACUCCUUCCAUGACACCUUUAACUUCUAGUUCUGAGCCUUCUGUGACUACUGCACCUACCCUGUCUUCAAACACCCACCCACCCACUGAGCACGUGAAGCAGACUACCUCAGAAGGGACCUCAUCUGAGUACACAGUAGUGAUGACUAGUUCUUCCACCACUGAGCAACCAUCCACAAAACAGCUGUCUUCUCAGUCUACAUUGUCCGUCACCUCCAUUAAGGUGACUUCAGAAACUCCAGCCACAACUAGUGAGACCACAACAUCUACUUCAUCCAUCACCCCUUUUACUUCCAGUUCUGAGCCUUCUGAGACAACUGCAGCCAUCCUAUCUGCUAGCACCAACACCACCCGUACACCAGAACGGAGCUCACCACUGCUUACAGCUUCCACAGCCUAUCAUGGAUCUGCUAGCACAGAAAUUGCCACUAGUGGAACAUCUCAUUCAUCGACAUCCCUUGAAACAAGUGGAGAGACUUUCACCACUAUUGUAGCUCAAAGCACUUCCAACACAACAUUAUCAUCUGCAUCCAUCGCUGAGUCCGUAACCACACACUCUACUACUAGCAUAUCAGAAAUGACCCCAACACUGUUGCCCACUACAUUAACGCCUUUUGCUUAUACUACUACAAAAAUAGCGACCGCCGAGGCAUCUUCACCUUUCACCACUAUUCAUGGACGCACAUCGACUAAUUCACAGCUUACAAGUUCAUCUGGACCUCUAAUGGGGCUCUUUUCCUCUUCCUCAGCUUCUUCCACCUCAGUUGUCCCUCUCGGGUGCCUUAAUGAAGGAGUGCUUGAUGAAGGUCAUUGUCACUGUCCAUCUCCCUAUACUGGGCAGCAAUGUGAAGAGGCAAAGAAUGAAAUCCAAGUGGUGACUGUUGUGGCCACAAUCAAUGUCUCUGUAACAGUGAAGAAUUGGAAGUUCAGCCCAGAGAUGGCGAAUUCCAGCUCUUCUGACUUCCAGACAUUCGUGAAGAUCUUUGAGGAACAGAUGAACAUCUUCUAUGCGGACAUUCCUGGGUACACGGGUGUAAAGGUGAUUCGGCUGAGCAAUGGUAGUAUUAUCGUGGACCACGAGGUGCUCCUGCAGCUUCACUUCUCAGACUUCAAUGCUUCCUACGAUGAAUCCGUGAAGAACCUUACACAGACCUUGCAAAAGAAUUGCACUUCCAAUGACAAAGAUAAGCUCUGCUUUACUGAAGGAGCAUCUCGUGUGACCGCAGUGCCCCUGAGUCCUAAAGAUCUGUCGGACGAAUGCAAGAAUGCCUCAGUGGUAGCACAAAACCUCCAGCCAUAUUAUGUGGCGCAGGUCAUCAACAACACACUUCAUUGUGUCUCUAAUUGCAGUGCUUGGAACCCCCACCCAUUCCACUGUGUGAGUGGAACGUGCCACAUCACCUCUGAGGGGCCCAAAUGCCAGGAGACGCCAAGCACAACAAGCGAAACAUCCAUUUCUACAAAUUUGAAAACAACACCAUCUACUUAUGCAACUUCAACAACUUCUGCUAAUGCAACUACAACACCUUCUGCUUAUACUAGUACGAAAAUAACCACCACAAAGACAUCUUCCCCUUCCACCACUACUCGUGGACACACAUCGACUCAUUCACAGAUUACAAGCUCCUCUGCUCCUUCCACCACAGCUGUCCCUCUUAAGUGCCUUAAUGGAGGAGUGCUUGUCGGGGGUCGUUGUCACUGCCCAUCUCCCUAUACUGGGCGACGUUGCGAAGAGGCAGAGAAUGAAGUCCAAGUGGUGACUGUUGUGGCCACAAUCAAUGUCUCUGUAACAGUGAAGAAUCGGAAGUUCAGCCCAGAGAUGGCGAUUUACGGCUCGCGUGACUUCAAUUCAUUCGUGAAGAUCUUUGUGGAACAGGUGAGGGGUGGUUGGGAGUGCAUAGAGGACGCCCACUCAGGAAAAUGA